AUGUCUGGAAAACUCAACCAGGAGGAAUAUGACGUGCUUCACCAGCACAAACUCGUGGAACGAAUCGGCCCCUUCGAGCGCAAGAUAAGCUCGAGCUAUCUCUCACCAUCCCUGGUUGCUUUGCCUAACCUGGUGUACCCCGCUUCCCCAGUAAGCGUCGAAGCACUCGAGUUCAUUGGGCUGAACAGAUAUGCAGCACAACGUAUCUUCGACAAUCUCAAGUCGGCUCAGAUUGAUGAUCAAGAGGAUGAGGAAGCUGAACUGCUUUCUAUCAUUCGAGGGCAUCUCACGCAACUAAAUACCAAGUUUGAAAACCUGCCAACUGCGGAUGCGUUCACCAAUGUCGGACUUACAGAAGAUACCAUCGCCGCCAUUCUCAAUCCUGAAUUUCGAGGCGUUUUUGAGACGGAAACUCCUUUUUAUUGGGCUUUCGAUAUGCUGCGAAUGAGGUUCAAUCAUGUUCCACUUGUCUAA